AACGCGCGGGAAAGAACCCAAACGCACAAAAAAGCUUUUCAAUGGAGAUUCUAAUAAAGAUCAUGCCUCACGCCGAUCGAUCAAAUCGCUUGUGCUUUUGUGAAAUUAGGGUUUCGCUCAUUCGAAUUGAAUCAAAAUUAAGAAGAAAAUGGUUUGGAAUUACCCAGAAAUCUCCAAGGAAGAUUUCGUAAAGCUAUUGAAAGGGUUUGUGGAUUUGCUAAUUUUAGCAUCUGGGUUUCAAUCUUCUGGUGUUCCUUCUCAUUGGGAUGCUGAGAAUUGCAAGAAAGCUCUUCAUUGGGGUCUCUUCUUCGAAAAUGUUGUAAGAAGCAUAACUAGUUCAGACCUGUUUGGGGAAUCUAUGAGUGAGCUUGACGAAGCUAUAUCGGAGAUGAAAGCUAACCCUUUGUUCCCAAAGGGUUUGGAGGACUUGUCAUCGGAUAGUCUUUUAAAGGGGAGAGAAUUUGUAUUAGAGCAUUUGAUGAAUAACUCGGGAUUAAAAGAUAAACAACUCCAAGCUGUUCUGGUUGCAGGGGUCGAAUUAGGCGAUGGUAUUACAGAUAUAAUUGAUGGGAAGCUUUGCAAGAGGCAAUCUGUUGUGUCUUGCGUAUCAGCACUUGAGAAUGGUUUGGAGAUCCUUUACAAAAAAAACAUUGAGGGAGAAGAGUCGUUACAGAGAGAAGACAAGGAUGAAACUUUGUUGGGCUCGGGACAACAGCCUAUUGAACUUUUGACAUGGAACAUCUGGCAAUCGAGAGGUGUAUCUUAUUUUCUUAGUAAGAGAACUUUAAGAUUGGUAUCUGGAGCAAGCUUGAUAUUUUCUGCACCAAAAGCUCAGUGGGCAGAAACGUUAAGAAGGCUGCGUGUGUCAUCCGAGAAUGAUGAUGUUGUAUUCAUCGAAAAGAUUGAGCUUUUGUUACUAGGAUGUGUAACAAGCAGGUGGACUUAUUUAAUCGAAGGUUUCAUGUCAGCUUCCUACAAAUCUGUCACUGUGUCAGAACAAUACGAGGAGUUAUGUAAGCUGCUUCUUCAAAGAUCUAAAAGUUUAAAACAGAACGAGAUUGUUUUGAAUUCAAAGGUUGAAGAGAUUCUCGAGUAUCUAACAGAAAUACUAGAGAGUCGUUUUCAUCACCUCUGGAAAUUGCCUUCUGCUUUUGCCGCAGCUGCAAUACCGUCAUGGUCACCUCUGUUUGGUCAGUAUUUUGGCGAAAUAGAGAAACAUCUGAAACUUGACCACUCAACAACAAGAUGUUGUAGCUGCGAAAAAGAGCACAAGGACUGUGAGCUCGUGGAAAGAGUUUGGUGCUUGUACGUAUUCCAUAUCUGCGGAAGCCACUAGAUAGAAUAACUAAUGGUCAUUGAUCAAUAAAAGAAGAUCAGUUUCGUUUCUUCUUGGUAAGACCACGUUGUUGAUGCAGAUGUUUUGUCACUAUGUCUUAUGGCUAUUUAUCUUGCGUUUGCGAUUACACGAAAGAACAAAAUCACGAUCGAUGCAAUAAAUAGCAUGAUGGAUAAGUAACAAGAAACCUCCAGAAAUGUAUUGUUUUCUGGUUCGAGAUAUUUCUUCCUUGCUUUUGUUUUGUUUCUUUUAGAUGUUUAAAAUUGAAUUCUCUUUUGUUUAAUUUUGUUAUCAGUCCUUGUCUUUUUGACUCGUGUAUCUUUGCUUUUACGUCAUGUAAACAAGAAAGCACUUAUUACGCGUAGGGUCUGUUUUUUAGGCAUAUAAUCUUUGUCUUUUUGGUAUAUCCUUGUAAGCAAUCAACGUCAAGAUCUAUGCUAACACGUCCUCGUUUAUGCAAUGGACGGUGUAUACUGAUCGGUUGAAAUUAGA